CAGAAGACGAGAACAUUAAAAAAACCACGGAAAUGGGGAACUCUCUGUCUUUGAAAAACCAAGGUCCACGCAACUUUCUUCUUCUUUUCCCUUUACCAAAACAUUUAUAUAUUCUUUACAUUCCUCAUCAGAGUCACAGUGCUUGUUCAGAAUCAGAGUGUACAAGAAAUUGAAUGAAACCAAAACCAAGGAUCAACAUUAUCAUGUGGAGGUUCAUGGGAUCAAGAUUAACUGGUUCAACAAGGUGUAUGUCAACCUCAACCAGGGCCCUUUGUAGGUUUGGUUGGUGGGACCGUGUGAGCCCAGCUGCUAAGGACCCCAUCACUGGUGUCACUGAGGCUUUUCUUGCCGACAAUAAUCCCCACAAGAUCAAUCUCGGAGUGGGAGCUUAUAGGGAUGAUGAGGGGAAACCAGUUGUUCUUCAAUGUGUUAGAAAUGCAGAGGCAAAGAUUGCUGGUUGUGAUUUUAUGGAGUCAAAUGCUACUGCAGUGGGUUCAAAAUUGGUGGAGGAGAGUGUGAAACUGACUUAUGGAAAAGAUGCCAAUGUUGUAAAAGAAGGGACUUUUGCUGGGCUCCAAGCUCUUUCAGGUACUGGUGCAUGUCGUCUCUUUGCUGAGUUUCAGAGGCGCUUCCAUCCUGAAUCACCAAUUUAUUUUCCUGAUCCAACUUGGUCCAACCACCCCAAUAUCUGGAGAGAUGCCCAAGUUCCAGUAAGAACCUUCCAGUACUACCAUCCUGUUUCGAAGGGUUUAAACUUUGCAGCUCUCAUGGAUGAUAUAAAGAAUGCCCCAGAUGCUUCCUUUUUUUUACUACAUCCUUGUGCUCACAAUCCAACUGGAGUUGACCCUACUGCAGAACAGUGGAGGGAGAUCUCAUAUCAAUUUAAGGUAAAGAGUCACUUUCCCUUCUUUGACGUGGCUUAUCAAGGUUUUGCAAGUGGAGAUCUUGACAUGGAUGCCCAAGCAAUCCGGAUUUUUCUUGAAGAUGGACAUUUGAUAGGCUGUGCUCAGUCCUUUGCCAAAAACAUGGGUUUAUAUGGACACCGAGUUGGUUGUCUCAGUGUCCUUUGUGCUGAUGCGAAGCAAGCAGUUGCAGUUAAAAGCCAAUUGCAGCAGAUUGCCAGGGCAAUGUACAGCAAUCCUCCUAUUCAUGGUCUAUUGCUAGUCUCUACAAUCUUGAGUGAUCCAGAGACCAAGGCACUUUGGGUCAAAGAGGUGAAGGUCAUGGCAAAUCGUAUUCAACAAAUGCGGUCUACUCUGCGUGAAAGUCUUGAGAAGUUGGCUUCUCCUCUCAACUGGGAGCACAUAACUAACCAGGUUGGGAUGUUUUGCUUCUCUGGCUUAAGUGCUGAUCAGGUUGAUCGGCUAGUGAGGGAAUUCCACAUAUACUUGACUCGAGAUGGACGUAUGAGCAUGGCGGGUGUAACUACAAGCAAUGUGAGUUACUUGGCAAAUGCAAUACAUGAAGUUACAAGAUAUAAUUGAGAAGCCUCAAAUGUCUGUUAACAGGAGUCUUUAAUAUUACAUUUGUACCAUUUAUUUUGAGAUGGUUGAAAUCCCAUCCUUUACACAUGAUGUUACUACCAAAACUUAAUAGUGGUUAUUCAGGAAUAUAAGAGGAAAGCCCAUGAAUACAUAUAUCAGAUGUUAUCAGCUAUUGC